UCAAAUUCAUACACAAAUCCUUUUUAUAUUUAGACCCUUUUUUGGUUUGCAUGCUUCGGAUGCAUUGCUCAAAGGGGCAAAAAAAAAAUCAGCUCUGCUCCGAAACCCAUUUCAGAAAUUUUCGUUCCUAGCGGCGCUGGAAGAGAAAGGAGCCACCUUUCUUCGCUAGCACAAAAAAGCCCACUUCCAGUUGCUAAAUCUCAAGAAGAGGAAAAGGAGCCUCCUUUCUCCCUCCACCCUCUUCUGCUCAGAAAACCCAUCCCAGAAAACUUGUAUUUUUUACUUUUCCGCCCCCGCUCCGUGUCGCAUUUUGAUCAGAACCCCCGGAACCUGGCGCCCUGUCAAUGAAUUGGGCCGAUCUCGAUGUUCUCGGGGUGUUCGGUGUCGAAUCUGGCAGCAAAAUUUGCCUUCUUUCCCCCAAAUCCUGCGACCUACAGCGUCAAGAGAGAGGGCGGGGGAGAAAGCAGGAGGCUGGUGGCCUCUGGAGUCCCCAGGGAUAAGUCCUUGGAUGUGCACGUCGUGGAGACCAAGUACGGGAACAGGAUCGUGGCCUUCUAUUUGAGGAACCCGUACGCGAGGCUCACCGUUCUCUACUCUCACGGCAAUGCCGCGGACUUGGGGCAGCUCUACGAUCUCUUUGUGCAGCUCAAGGUCAAUCUCAGGGUCAACCUCAUGGGAUACGACUACUCUGGUUAUGGUGCUUCCAGCGGAAAGCCGAGCGAAUCGAAUACUUAUGCAGAUAUAGAAGCAGUGUACCAGUGUCUGCAAACCGAGUAUGGGGUUAGUCAGGAGGAUAUUAUUCUAUACGGCCAGUCUGUGGGAAGUGGGCCGACAUUGCAUUUGGCGUCGCGUUUGCCUAGAUUGAGGGGUGUCGUCCUUCAUAGUGCUAUCUUGUCUGGUAUCCGGGUGCUUUGCCACAUCAAUACAACUUUGUGCUUCGACAUUUAUAAAAAUAUUAACAAAAUAAAAAAGGUGAAGUGCCCAGUUCUUGUAAUCCAUGGAACAGACGAUGAUGUCGUGAAUUUUCACCAUGGGAAUGGUCUAUGGAAGCGAUCCAAGGAUCCAUAUGACCCCUUGUGGAUCAAAGGGGGAGGCCACUGCAAUCUCGAGCUGUAUCCAGACUUCAUACGCCAUCUCUCUCGCUUCGUCAGAGACAUGGAGAGCAUAACCACCGCCACCCACCUUAGAAAGAUCCAUCAGGCCCAUCAAAAGCCGAAGAAGAUGAAGCCUUCUAGAACCUCCACGGCCACCACCACCACUUUCACCACCAACUGUUGUUGUCGAAUUAGAGUUCGCAAGCCAAAAUGCACAUGUCCAUGCACGUGCACAUGCUCAUGCUCUUGCCCAUGUUCAUGUUGUUGUGGAUGUGGGUGCAUUAAGUCGUUGGUUUCGUGUGCAUCGAUGAUGAUAUGUUGCAAAUGUUGUGGAGGUGGAGGUGGGUAGGAGAUCUUUGUACAGGGAUUGAUGGCUGACAUAGUGAGGUUUAGAGUGAUGAUUUAGGAAGUGAACCAAAGGUCUUUAUUGUAUUAUUAGCUCCUCAGUUUCUUGCUAUUUUGAUUGGGGUUGGAUAAUAAUUGUUGGGAUUAAUUAGUGUAAUGUACAACAUAUGUUUAUGUUGUUAAUCUGAUCUCUUCCAAGAUUAGGCAACCACUUCACCUAACCCAUGUAGAAAACUGAGAAGUGUGGAUGACAAUGUGAUGAGAACUACUCCAUUUGAACUGGUAAAGGGUAGAAAGAGUACAGCUUUUUCCUUGA